AUGCUGCCUAUGAUCAAGUUGGGCGGGUUAGUGGCCCGCACGCUGACGAAACCUUUGGCCAGAGUGGUCAAGUCCCGGUCGAAAAACCAUCCGCUGCUUCGCGCCGUGUGCAGUCGCUUGGGUCAACAGCAGCACCGCAUGACCAUGAAGCUCCACAUGGGGUUUCGAGGUAUCUCAAGCUACACGAUCAAGCCCGUGUCUCCCGACCAAGCGGUGGAGCAAGGCGCGGACUUAAUCGGAGAGCUCCUGAUCUUCUCCGUCGCUCUUGGCGUCGCGUCGCUUGAGUAUUCGCGCUCAGCUGCAAGUGCUCGAGCAAAAGAGGCGAGGCAGAAGGACGAGCAGCAGAGAGAAGAGCAAGAGACCGAGACGCGGUUCGAGUACCUCGAGAGUCAAGUGGCGUGGCUAGAGGAUCGAGUUGUUGCACUGAUGUGUGUUCUCGAGAGUGAGAGGGGGGAGAGUCUGGAGAAGUUACUACUGCAGGCUCAGGAGCAGGUAAAGAGGAGGCAAGGAGAAGGAGGCGAGCUGGACAAGAUGGACGAGAAGACAGGGACAGAAGCGUCGUCGAUCUCGUCUGUUGUGACGCUCUGGACCAGUACUCGAGAUGCAGUCGCACGGCUGUUAAAGUAA